AUGAUGGCCUUGGCUGGUUUCCUGUGGGCAGCGGCCAUAUUGGUGUCACCGCAGACGUGUGCUUCAUCCGACAACGUCGUAGAUCUUUCGUCAAGGAACCUCUCCUCUGUCCCGUCCGACUUGCCUCACACAGCUACUGAAUUAGAUCUGUCAUGCAACCACAUACAUCAGCUUCAUAAAGGAGAUUUCAAAAGCAUGUCCCUCCUUCGGUUCCUGAAUAUGUCAUGGAACGGCUUGGAGCUGAUUGAGGCAGAGACGUUUGUAGACACACCGCUUUUAGACAAUCUGGAUCUGUCACACAACCUGCUGAGGAACCUGUCAGAUCAACAGUACCUGUCACAUACAAGGAACCUUAGAGUGAUGAACUUGGCACGGAACAAGUUUCUUAACAUGACCUUGGGAAGAGAGUUCAGUUUCUUGGAAAAAGUAGAGAAAUUAACACUUGAAGCAAAAGCCAUCAGCUUGGGGGAUUUCAAGAACAUUGCUAAGGUGAAGCUACAUUGCUUGACCAUUUCUCUGGAUGAGACAUUUGCUUAUGAGGCGGCCAGCCUAAUGGAUAUUCAUGCUAAAAGAAUACAACUGGACCUAAAUGGUGGGCAAAUAAUCCAGAGUUAUCUGAUUGCCGACGCAUUCUCAUACUUUGUAGAAGUGGAGGUGAAGAAUGUAACUGGAGGCUACAAACAUAUAAAAACGCGGCUUGGUGAAAAACCUAAAAUCUCCACUUUCAGUCUUUCCACCAGCAACAUUGUUAUUGAGUGGAAAGAUUUAACCGAAUUAGUAAAUGCAACGCUGCGGACCUCUAUUGCCCAGCUAAGCGCCACUGAAAUAGUGAUUGAAAAUCUUCCUUAUAUAGACACGAUUCUGAAGGGGACAUCUUCAAUGCAGUCCUUCACAGUCAAACAAGCAGUUGUAAACUCCUUCUUCUUCUCUCAGGAGGCAGUGUACAACUUUUUCAUCAACCUGCCAGUAAAGCACUGUGCAAUUGUGGAGACAUCGCUAAUUCACAUGACAUGUCCAAAGCAUCAGAGUCCUAUCCUUGAUUUGGACUUCUCCUACUGUGCGCUGGCUGAUUCCAUCUUUUCCAGAUUUGAGGGUCAAGAAACAGUCGAAUGUGAGACUCUAAGUAAUGUAAAAAAACUCUCUCUGGUUGGAAACAAUCUUAAGAACCUUCAAGUAGUGAGCAAACGGUUGCAGUACAUGAAAUCUCUUCAACACUUGGACCUCAGUAUCAACUCCUUGGUGUACGAUGGUUCCUCUAAGUGUCGGUGGCCAAGUAACAUCACCCUUAUGAAUCUUUCCUCUGGAGGUCUAACAGAUGAUGUUUUUAAAUGUCUUCCAAUAGGGGUAGAAACACUGGACCUGCAGAACAACCAGAUUUCUGUGAUACCGUCACUUAUCCACAAAAUGGAAAAUCUCUCUUCUUUGAAUCUGACAGGUAACAGGCUGCGGGAUCUGCCAGUGUGUGUCGACUUCCCCCAAAUGACCGAGCUUCUGCUGGGGUUGAACUCUCUCCACGCCCCUACAGUGAACCACUUGAGCCAUUGCCCCAAUCUGAAAAUCCUGGAUGCAAGUUACAACCCAUUCACCUGUACCUGCCCUCUGAGGCACUUCAUCCGCCUUGGCAUUCAGAGCGAGUAUGAGCGAAGUCCCUCAGGCCUUACACUGCGAAACUGGCCAGAAGGUUACCACUGCAUUUACCCAGAAGAAGUUAGAGAUUUGAUGCUAGAAAGCUUUUGGGUUCCUGAGAUCUCCUGCAGCGCCAGUCUUCUAGCAGCCACCAUCCUUGUUCCUUCGGUGGCACUGAUUGUCACCAUUUUCGUUCUGUGCCGACGUCUAGAUAUUCCCUGGUACAUGGGUAUGAUCUGGCAGUGGACCAGAGCCAAACAUCGAGCAAGAAUGAGGCAGCUUCGACCUGAAGACCUGGUGGGCAUAGAGUUCCAUGCUUUUGUGUCUUACAGCCAGCACGAUGCAGACUGGGUGAAGAAUUCCCUACUUAUCAACCUCGAAGGCCCUGCAGGAGGGCUCCGAAUCUGCCACCAUGAAAAAGACUUUGUACCCGGUAAGACAAUUAUGGAGAACAUCAUCACCUGCUUGGAGAAAAGCCGCCGCUCAGUGUUUGUGCUCUCUGCUCACUUUGUCAAGAGCGAAUGGUGCCAUUAUGAGCUGUACUUUGCCAGCCACCAACGUCUUUCUCAGGGCUUGGACAGUAUCGUGCUGGUGCUGCUUGAGCCUCUGCCCCAAUACCUUAUCCCAUCCAAGUACUACCAGCUUAAGUCAAUGAUGAACCGACACACCUACCUGGAGUGGCCUCAGGACAAAGCCAAACACAGGCUGUUCUGGGCUAAUCUCAGAGCUGCUCUGCAGACUGACCUGCCAGUGGUUGAUAAAGAGGAAUAACUCUUUAGCCAAUUGUUAAAUUAAAGGAUAUCACUGAAUUUAUGGUAGAUACCGUUAUCCAUGUUAUGGUUCGCUUUAAUGCAUAAAAAAAAAAAAUCUGAGAAAAGAAGACUGGAUGAAAGGGGAUAAAAAUGGAAGCUACAGAUGGACUAAAUUGUAGAAAUUCACUGAUCUACAGUAGUAUUCGUAAAGAAAUGGGUCUGAUCUUUAGGGGCAGAUCUAUUCAGCCUUUUUCUAUGAUAAAUGUAACUAGGUAAAAAAAAUCUCUUGAACAGCAGAAAUGUUUACUAUGUGCUUCUGUCUUUGAUCUAAUAAAAACUGACAAUUUGAACACCUGCAAAUACAUAUGUUUUUUUAAGAUGUAAAUGUCUCGAUGACGUGAUUUACUGUUUUAAUGAAUUCCUUUCCUCAUCUUAUAUUAAUCUGAGGUUGCCAUUUGGGAUAUACAAGUGACCAUCCAUACAUGCCAUACUUGCUUGUAUAUAGGAGUUCUUGAAAGUCUCUUGAAAAAGACAGUAAUGAUGGUAACAUUAAAGCAAACAGAGCUCUGAUAUAAGAAAAGUAUCGGGUUCUGCAAACAUCUCAAUUCAAAUGUCGGAAUCGGACAAAAUACAGAUCAGGUCAUCCCUACUCAACUUACGGGCUAAAUGGACAGAUGGGACCAAUGGACUUUAAAGUAUUUGGAAAGGGAAUAAAGUUGUAAAUUACAAACGUUUUCCCUAACUUGUUUUGCUUUUCUUUAACUCUACAAUUUGUAUAGAGUGGGUUCCCUACUUCACCAGAGUACAUAGGAAUCCUGAAGGAAGUGUGAACGAGACAUUAGGGAACUUCUUUUGAUUUCAAGGGAACACAGUAAUGAUCAGAUUUUGGUCACACAAGCGCACUGCUUCUUAAGGUGGGCAUCAGGACCAAACUUAAAAUCAUGAU